GUUAUUACAAAACCGUAUUCAAUAGUAGUUAGUAGUAGUAGUAGUAGUAGUAGGUCACCAAUGCCUGUCUCCGAGUUAAAUCUUAAAGUGAACAUCUCCGUUGGCAAUGAGUACCUGCAGGACAAUGGCCAUACGCAGCUCAUGUUCAUCUUCUGGGGCGUCAUCAUACCCAUCAUCGGCGUUAUUGGCUUCAUCGGAAACAUACUAACACUCAUUGUCCUCUUCAAUAGGGAAAUGACGUCCACUACAGUGUAUUUCUUGCGAACACUUGUUGUCACAGACACCGGGAUUAUCGUCGGAUUUGACGCGCAUGCGCAUGCGUCGAAGAAGAUCGUUGCCUACUCCAACUCCAAACGAGAAUAG